AUGGAACUUCUACAAGUUCGAACGACGUUCGCCGAAUUUUUUCGGGCCGGACUGGCACCGCUUGCUCUAAUUAUUGCUGCUUUUUGGGCAUAUCAGAUAAUAUAUAACCUUUAUUUCCAUCCGCUCUCCAAGAUUCCAGGCCCCUGGAUCGCCGCUAUUAGCGAUAUUCCGUACUGUUCGUGGAUGCUCGGAGGUCGCCAACCUUACAAGUUACUUGAACUACAUAAUAAAUAUGGCCACGUUGUCCGCGUCGCGCCAAACGAGGUGUCCUUUAACACCGCCCAGUCAUGGAAAGAUAUCUAUGGCCAGAAGCCCGGUCGCCAAAUAUUCAUAAAGGGAACUUUCUACGACGGCGGUAACUUUGCUGGAAACGGAACCAGUUCGAUUAUAAGCGAGAGAAGACCGGAAGUCCACAAGGAGAUGCGAAGUAGUCUAGCUGGCGCCUUUUCCGACCGCGCCAUCGUAGAGCAGGAAUCUCUUGUUGCUGCCUCUGUCGAUAAACUUAUCCGGCUAGUUGGCAUCAAAGGCUCCACGGAAAAGGGGGUUGAUAUAUCGACACUGUUCGAAUCGAUGACUUUUGAUAUUACCGGCGAUCUUGCCUUCGGGGAGACAUUUGGUGCGCUGGAUAAUGAUGAACGACACCCUUGGAUAUCUACAACCCUGGAUGGUUUGAUGCAAGGCGUGUUCAUAGAUAUUUUCAGCCGCUAUCCCACUCUCGGCGCGAUUCUUCGUGUACUCAUGCGCUCCAGAUUCAAGAAAGCUGUGGAGGGUGUUAGAACUAACGAACGGUUAUGUUAUGAGCUUGUUAAACGGCGGAUAACAAGAAAAACAGAUCGCAAAGACUUUUUAACACGAAUUCUCGAGGACAGAGAUCCUAGAAUCGUAUCCGAUAGGCAAAUUGCUGCUCAUUCCUCUGACUUUGUCGUUGCCGGGAGUGACACCACUGCGUCCAGUUUGGCUGCUAUAGUCUACUACCUCCUGCAAAACACCUAUACUCUGGCGAAGCUGAGAGACGAAAUCCGAGGAACGUUCAAGAAAUACUCGGACAUUAGCUAUCUUUCCACCGCGUCAAUGCCCUACCUUCGUGCGGUCAUCCUAGAAGGGAUGCGUUUAUAUCCCCCGACACCAAUGGGGCUCCCUCGACUUGUACCAGAUGGUGGAGACAUAGUCGAUGGUUGCCCUCUUCCUGGAGGGAUUACCGUAUAUACGAGUCCCCUUUCAGCCAGUCUAGCCUCGGCAAACUUCCAAGACCCGUGGUCAUUUAAACCAGAACGAUGGCUCGAAUCUAAAGGAAGCGACAGCCUAGAUUGCAGUCAGCCAUGGUCAUUAGGUCCUAGAGGAUGUAUCGGUAGAAAUCUGGCGUGGCUAGAGUUGCGGACUACGCUUGCGAAGUUGCUCUGGGUCUAUGACCUCCAACUCGUCGAUCCAACCCUCGAUUGGCACGGCGAGUCUAGGAUGCAGACCUCUUUAUGGCAAAAGCCAGCUUUAAUGGUCCGUGCACAUAAUAGGGGGGAUAGGGGGGCUAAUAUUGAAUGA